CAGCACUCCACCGGGUAGAAUAAAACUUUGGAAGUGGAGUGAAAGCCAAUAAAAGAAGCGCCUCUCUCUCGUUUAAUAAAAAAAGAAGCAAUUCCUUCAGCUUGGCGUGCUGGAUUCCUCGAUAACAGCCCCCCGAGGGUCCUCGUAGAGCUCCAUUGUUGUUGUCCGAGGAGGAGCAGUGGUUGUAGCCUUUCUUUUCUUCUUUCUCUUCCUCUGUUUUGGUGAGUACAUGAGGAGAGGGCGAGGAGGAGGAGAGAGUGGAAGAGGAAGGAGCAAACCUGGGAAAGGCAGGGGAGUUACUGGGGAUCUUCGACUGCAUCAAUGAGGUCACGGCAGCGAUCGCGGCAGCAGCGUCAUCGUCGUCGGCGGGGAUGAACGAGUCGGCGUACCGGGUGGAGACCGCGCCCCGCCUGGCUCAAUGGAGGAUCGAUACCCUCUCCUCCUGCACCUACCGCAAAUCCGAUCCCUUCAAGAUGGGCAUCUGGAAUUGGUAUUUGACGGUAGAGAGACAUAAGCAGCUAUACGUGAAGCUAUACCCAGAAGUGUCGAGUCUAACAAGGGAGCAGCCGCCAAUCGCUUCCUUCAUCAUCAAACUCAUCUCCUCCUCCUCUCCUAAUCGCAGGACCCUCGUCCACCCAGGAAUAUGCGACAAGCAGCUAAAGAACAACGAUGACUUUGUAUGGGCAAUUGAUACACUCCUUACUGGCAGAUUCAUUAUUGAUGUCGAGUUCCUCGAUCUAAAGAUUAUACCCACAUCAGGUGGAGAACCUUCAUCUAUCUGGACCGGCUACCACGUCGAGAAACACUCAAUUGCUACGGCCCUCACAUCCCUUGGCCGAAUGUUAUCAGAGGGCAUCCACACAGACAUCACGAUCAAUGCUACUGAUGGCAGCAUCGGUGCGCAUCGUGCCAUUCUAGCUGCAAGAUCCCCCGUCUUCCGCAGCAUGUUCUCCCACAACCUCAAGGAGAAAGAGCUUUCUACUGUGAACAUCUCUGACAUGUCCUUUGAGGCAUGCCAGGCCUUCCUCAACUACAUCUAUGGCAAUUUUCAGGCUGAUGAGUUCCUCAAUCACCGUCUUGCUCUCCUUCGUGCUGCAGAUAAGUAUGACAUUUCUGACCUCAAGGAGGCCUGUCAUGAGAGCCUCACAGAAGACAUCGAUGCUAAGAAUGUGCUCGAAAGGCUCCAGACUGCCUACCUCUACCGUUUGCCAAAGCUGAAGAGUAGUUGCAUGAGGUACUUGGUGAACUUUGGAAAGAUUUAUGACAUCCGUGAUGAUUUCAAUGUGUUUCUCCAGAGUGCAGACAGGGAACUCAUAGCUGAAAUCUUUCAAGAGAUUCUUGCUGCAUGGAAAGGUUUCUGAAAAGAUUUCUUAAGAAAAAUAGCAACGCAUAAUUGUGUGUCCGUCUGAGUGAUAGUUGCGUGAGUUAUAGUUGUUUGCGUGGUCAUCAAUGUAUAGAUGGGUUGCUAGACAAACACUGUACAGGAUUUGUUUCCAUCAAGGGUGUCCAUUAUUGAGUUCAAGAAGAAUGCAUAUAAUUGAAUUGAAAGAUGCUGAUGUCACUGUCCCCAUGAUAAAUAGAAAUCAUUGCUUUUGAUUGAUUC